GCGCGCCGCUUUCAGUAGCGGCCCGUGUGCGUUGGGUCGCGGCAGCAACAGCGGCAGCUCCCCCGGUGUGGUGGCCUACGUGUGCUCGCUCUCUUCGCAACUGCAAGGUCGUUGGCACUCUGUCCGUUGGGGGCUUCUCCCGCUCAGCUGGACUAUGUCGGCCUUGCACGCUGCGCCGCAGCAGUGGAUACCUCUUCGGCGGGCUGCUCCGUGAUCUUUUCGCGUCCAAGACGCGAGUUGACUGCGUGCGCGUCGUCGGCUUUGUUCCGUGUGUGUGCGUGCGUGUGUGCCUAUGCUGGAGCAUGUGGUGACAGUUGGGCGAUCUGUCGUCUUCGCCGCUGGCAGCUGGGGAACGCGUUGAGCUCGAAGCGAAGCGUCCCUCCGAGUCGGAAGGAAUGCGUAUCCAGGCGAGCUGGAAGGACCGCUACGCUCGUGGGAAAGAUCCAGUCAACCUCGCUGGACAUGGGAAAGUGGACAUGUCAAACUUCGACCUCCUCCGUGUGCUCGGAACGGGUGCGUACGGGAAGGUGUUCCUGGUGCGCAAGGUGGGAGGCCAGGACGAGGGGAAGCUGUACGCCAUGAAGGUGCUCAAGAAGGCCUCCAUCGUGCAGAAGCAGAAGACCCUGGAGCACACGCGCACCGAGCGCCAGGUCCUGGAGGCCAUCCGCCAGUCGCCCUUCCUCGUCACCCUCCACUAUGCCUUCCAGACCGACGCCAAGCUACACCUCAUCCUAGAUUACGUCAGUGGGGGAGAGCUCUUCACCCACCUCUACCAAAGAGACCACUUCACGGAACCCGAAGUCAAGAUUUACAUCGGGGAAAUCAUUCUGGCUCUUGAGCAUUUACACAAGCUGGGCAUAAUUUACCGGGACAUCAAGCUGGAGAACAUCCUGCUGGACUCCCAAGGGCACAUCGUCCUGACAGACUUCGGACUAAGCAAGGAGUUUCUCCCUCACGAGAAGGACCAGCGGACAUACUCGUUUUGCGGCACAAUCGAGUACAUGGCUCCGGAGGUGGUCCGGGGUGGCAGCACGGGCCACGACUUCAGCGUCGACUGGUGGAGCGUCGGAGUGCUCACGUACGAGCUCCUCACCGGAGCAUCGCCCUUCACCGUGGAAGGGGAGCGCAACAACCAGGCCGAGAUCUCAAAGAGGAUCUUGAAGAGCCAGCCCCCGAUCCCAGAGAACAUGUCAGCCGAUGUGAAGGACUUUAUUCAAAAACUCCUCGUCAAGGACCCCCGGAAGCGCCUUGGCGGUGGAAUCGACGAUGCACUUGAGCUCAAGAAACACAAGUUCUUUAAGGGCCUCGACUGGGACGACCUGGCGGAGAAGAAGAUCGGGGCCCCCUUCGUCCCCAAGAUUGCAGGGGAGCUGGACGUGAGCAACUUUGCCGAGGAGUUCACCUCCAUGGUGCCCGCCGACUCGCCCGCCCUUGCCCCCGCAAGCGACGACAAGAUCUUUAAGGGCUACUCCUACGUGGCACCCUCUGUGGUGUUCAGCGACAACAUUCUGACGGACGAACUCCUGGGCAACACGAACGACACCCGACCCAACAUUUCGCAGCUGCUUGCUGCCAAGUUUAAGAACUCCCCCUUCUUCCAGAACUACGACCUAAUCGCCAAGGAAGGCAUCUUGGGAGACGGGAGUUUUUCUAUCUGCAGGAAGUGCAUCCACAAGAAGACGGGUGUUGCGUACGCAGUGAAGAUUGUUACCCGGCGCAUGGACACGACGCAGGAGGUGCAACUGCUCAGGCUCUGCCAGGGUCACCCUAACGUCGUCCAGUUUGUGGAAGCCUUCCAAGAUGAGGCGCACACGUACCUGGUGCUGGAGCUGCUGACGGGAGGAGAGCUCCUGGAGCGCAUCCGGCGGCGGGCCCGCUUCACGGAGAGCGAGGCCUGCCGCAUCUUCCGCAGGCUGGUCUCGGCCGUUCAUUACAUGCACUCGAGGGGCGUCGUGCACAGAGACCUCAAGCCAGAGAACCUGUUGUUUACGGACAGCUCCGAGGUUGCCACCAUCAAGGUGGUCGACUUUGGCUUUGCCCGCUUCAAGCCGUCGGACAACCAGCUCAUGAAGACCCCCUGCUUCACGCUCAACUACGCCGCCCCGGAAGUCCUGAGGCAGGCGAGCGCGGGAAACAGCUCCGCCGGCUACACGGAAUCUUGUGACCUCUGGAGCCUCGGGGUUAUCUUGUACACGAUGCUCUCCGGCCGAGCGCCGUUCCAGUCGCCGAGCCGCCACGCCAGCGCGGCAGCCCUGAUGCAGCGCAUCCGCGAGGGCGAGUUCUGCUUCGACGGACCGCAGUGGGACCCCGUGUCAGAGCAGGCCAAGAGCGUCAUCCGCGGCCUCCUCACCGUUGAGUCCCAGGCGCGCCUCACCAUGGCUGAGCUGCGCGCGCACCCCUGGGUCCACACCAAGAGCAGCCACUGGUCCGCAUCCCUCAUGACCCCGGACGUCCUCAGCUCCUCUUCGUCGCCGCGUGCUGCCGAGUCGGCGCUACGCGCAACCUUCGACGCCUUCCACCUCGCAACGCGAGGCGGAUUUCGUCUGCUGGACGUCUCAGCGGCGCCCCUCGCGCAACGGCGGAGGUUGAAGCGGAACUCUGCGGACGUGAGGAGCGACUCGUCGGUCUCCACGAGCAGCGGGAGCUCGUUCACGUCAUCGACGUCGAGUUCUUCGUCGUCAGUGUCGGAGGUCGCACCGUCGGUGCGGUCGCUGGGGUUCGUGCCCGGAAGAGACGACGCAAGCAACGUGGGCGUUGACAGCGUGUUUACGUACCCGGAGACCAAAGUGGCUGCAUACCUCUCGACACUGCCGGACGUCGUGGAGUGCUCCGUCGCGGAAGAAGCUACGUCGCCUGGUGUCGGCGACGACAUCGAGGCGAUGACAGUGGAACUCGCGACGACGGACCUGGCCGCCGACGUCGUGGAAGAAAAGCCUCAGACAAAAGGAUGCGGCGACGUAGCGGCGUCACCUGCAGUAGGCGCGUCCGAGCAGAUGCCUGGUUGCCUUGAAGCGGGAGUGUCCGAACCGCAUGUCCAAGACGAAAACGAGAUUGAUGACAAAGCUUCUAAAGCCGCGGAGUCUUCGGCAAUCGACGAAGUUGCGGCGGAUGCGCAACGAGAUGCGAGACGACCCCAGACGACACGGUCAUUGAGGAAACGGCGCUCUCCGCAGGAGUCCUCCACUACAACGACGCAGGGGUCCUCGGAUAGCGGGCGCUCGGAGAGUCUCGGCGAGGGUCCGAACAACAAGAAAGUCCCCCGGAAAAGGAGUCCGCCCAAGCAACAUUCGCGGCGUGGCCGGAAGCAACGGUGAUACGCGUUUUGACGACGUCGCGGGAAUGGCGCCGUGACAGUACUGCCGUCUGUGCGACGUCCCCCAAUUGUUACCUGGACCGACAUUGUUUUCAGGGUGGUUCAAGAACUGCCUACAUCUGUCACCCCGACGGACAAAGCGGCGGCGUGAGCCGUUUAAAAAACUGUGCCCAGAUUUAGUCUAUUUAUAAUUAACACUGAAGUGUCUUAGCUGCGAGUGUUGCACGAGCAAAGCAGGUUCUUUAAGUUAUUUAGGUAGACCACGAGUCACUUCCUUUUCUCAUUCUUGUGCGGGGUUGUGCAUAAUGCAGCUAUCAGAGUUUUGGUGUGGACGUAACGCGUGAAUUGGAGCUGAAGGAGGUAUACCGGAAAACCUCCAGCAGGGUUUUGAUGGAAGCCCCUUGGGGAAACUCGGCUGUCCGAGGCCUAAAAUGCUCACGUACAAAAAUCGCAUAAUCAUGCAUCAAGUGGCUUUAUAAGUCUUGUUUCUGGUGAGCUGGCAAUCCAAUAGAGGUCCAAGACUAGUAUACUUAGAGGCUAUCUGUACUUGCCGGGCAGACCCCUGAAGUGCACAUUUUUUCUGCUAUUUGAGAGAUUGGAAUUCUGCCAGGUGUUAUUUGGAUUUGAAAUCUGUCUCCAAUAUCCUUCCUAAUAGACACCUGUUGUACUUUCUAAUCAGAGAGCUUGAUAUUCAUUUAAAGAUGCCACUUUUCUGUUUUUUAGUUGAAGUUGCCAUUUAUUUUGUUUUGCCUCAAGACCUCUGCAGAUCUCAUUUGUUUUCUACGAUGCUGGUCUAGGGUGGCGGGUUUUCAUCGAGAGGUAUUCUUUCCCAGGGUACUUAAUUAACAAGUCCUACUCCAUACUUCACACAAGCUGUCUUCAUGAUCAAAAAUGUGAUUGCCAUCACAUUGACAGUUUAUUGAACAGCCUUUUCAGCUGUUUAUGGUUCAGCUGCUUAUGCUUUAGCUGCUGUGCAAAAACUUGCUAUGAAGCGUCAUGCUCACGUGUGAACAACCGCGGGUCUCAGCAAAUCUUGCCAAUCGAUGGUGCUUUGCAUUGUGAUAUCAAACUUUUUGCUUUCGUUUUAUUAGUGCAAACUAUGUGCACUCGGCGACAUUAUUGUCCGAGGUUGUUGUUUAAAGAAUGUGGCCCUAGAGCAAGUAACAACAAUUUCUAAGUGACACACUCUGGAUGUUGUGAGGUUUCCCAGAUUGUAUGCCAAGCCUUGCGUAGAAACGAUUUCCAAAUUCCGCCAGACGUCACGAUAAACAGGCAUUCUGUGUAAUUGUAUUGUAAGUUCACAAAAAAACAGCAAGUGCAUAUCUUUUUUUUUCUAUUAAUAUAUACAAAGUAUUCAGAGGAGAUGUUGUGGCAUAUUUUUAGAAGAAUGCUACAUGUAACAUGCCCAGCACACUUUUUCCAAAGCUACGAUUGACUUCUCAGGAUUCCAAAUCAUUCGGUAUUCGUAGCAAUGCCCAUUCUUACCUACCACUACCUGCGUGCCAAUUUAACGACGUGUCUUUUAGCAUUUAUAGGUUUUGCAACCAUGUUUCUAGCAUUUUCAGCUAAGCGAAUCACAGAAAGUGCCGACACAAUGUUAAGGCUACGACGUUUACCCUGACAAAUUCCUUUGGUGGUGUGGAGCUACGAAGAGACAAAUCAGUGAGAAUAGGGGUGAAAAGCACACGCCGGAACUAGGGUGUGCGUUUCCUAGUAGAGCCCCCGGGGUAUUUUUGUACGCUCUGACUUGGCUUGUCAAUGGUCUGUCUUUGGGAAGUGUGCAUUGUCAACUUUCGAAGCUGGUGUAGUCUUGCCUUACAAUGAACUAACUUUUAUCCAAUAAGGACGACUAGUCACAGUCCACAGGCAAGCCUUUUGUGGUUCCACGUUUGUAGACUUGAACACGUACAUACUGCUUGAAUUCAGCUGAAUAACAAUUGUGCGAAAUGCGAAAGGCUAAACAGGCUACCAUCUUUUUAUCUUGGUGUGUCGCUAGUCCAUUCAUCAUCUUGUGAUAAGCUUGUUGUUAGAGUAACAAAAGUGUGCGUUAUCUGCAGGCACAGUUAUUUUUGCAGACUGGAGAGCUUUCAUUUAUUAACCCCCUGUGACUACGUGAGAAUACAUUAUAGUAUAUAUGUAUACAGGUAGGUAGAUAGAGAUAUAUUAUAUAGAUAUAUAUUUCCUUAGAAUCUCUGUGCCUGAAGUCUUGUACAGAGAAAAACCAAUCAAAACUUGCCGAAUCAUUCCUGAUGCUCUUACGAAGUGUGAUCAUAGUGACGGAACACCGUGACUUUUUAUGUCUAUAUACCAUGGGUGCAGUUGUGUAAAUAAUCAUCAUGUUCUAUUGUUUUAAAAAGAGUAUGGAGUGUAAAGAAGGUGAUAACCUUAUUUCUGUUUUUAGUCAACAUUUUGUGUGCAGCCUGUGCUUCCACUCUUGAGAAAGUGUGAAAUGGUUACUCAAAUGUUUAUAUAAAAUAAAUGAUUCAUUUUCAGUGAUGUA